AUGAGCGGCUGCCAAAUGGCCCCAACUCUGACGGCAUGUGCCUUGCAGAUUUUGUUUUUCAUAGCCAAAUCUGUGCUGUCAUGCGCUUGCUCAGAGCUGUACAAACAGGCCCCUGAGCAAAACGCUGUGGCAGCAGGAGCCAUUGCAGUCUUGGUGAUAAUGCCGGAAUUGCGCUUUAGUGACAAGUUUGAUGAGUUUGCAGAUUGCUUAUGCAAUUUGCACGUGCACAACUUGCGGAGUCCAAAGGAUUGCCCGCCAAAUGUGUGUAGCCUGCAGCAGAAGUGCCAGCAGUCUGUGAAAAUAAAUGUCAGUGAGAGAAUGAGUGAGAGAGAAAGAGAAAGAGAGAGAGAGAGAGGGAGGUGUGUGUCUGUGUGUGUGUCUCUGUGUCUGUGUGUCUGUGUGUGUGUGUGUUUGUUUUGUUGUGCUUGUGUUUGUUUCUGUAUGCCACAAUGGGACUCAUUGCACAUGUGCCUUUCUUUGUGCCCCCCCCAAAAAAAAAAACGCAUCCGGCGCACGUUCCGACAGUUUCGCGCAGGCCUCGUGGCCUUCGGGGCCUGGUCUCUGUGGCGCAUGACGCGGGAGAAGCCGCAGAAGGAGCGGAGCUCCAAGUCCUGGAGGAACGAGAUGAAGACGGCGCGGAUGGAGAAGAAGCGGCGAUGA